AUGGGCCGACUAAUCCGGAUUCGGGACGGGUCCAAGGAUUACGGUGAUGCCCCAACCCCCAAAUCUCUUGACUCCACAUCACCAUUCUCCCUCCAUCCCUCUGAUGGACCACACAUCAUAAUCUGCCCCAUUGUGUUACAUGGUGAAAACUAUAAUGCUACGCUGCAUUGUGGUGGCAAAGGAGGCCACGGACAGGUAGCACAUGCUGCAACAACCUUGAAGCCUUUUGCUCAAGCACCCAUCCAAGAUUCAGAUCGUCGUGGCAUUCCUAGUCUCUUGGAUGAUCAAUGGGCUAUGCUUGUACACAUUCUCAACACUUCAAAAGGGAAAUCUUCUUCAAUUGAAAAGUUGAGUGGGUCGUGCUUUGAUGACUCUGAUUGCUGUGGGUGAGCAAUGGAACGAGAUUUAUUGGUUUUGGCCUUUGCGACAACUUCAAGCUUAUCAAGCAAUUGUGAGAGAUAAAUGAGAGUUAUGGCAUUAACGAUUGGGACACCCUUCUCAGAAAGUAUAUUUUCUGUUACCUGAUAACAAUAAUGGAAA